AUGGCGUCAUCGUCACCAGCAACUGUGUUUGCAAGUGCCACCGUCGCAGCACUGGUUGCUCAGUCUGCACCUGCACAAGGUGCUGUUGACUCGGCAGGUGCAGGUAUAACAGGAGGUUACACGGGCGACUCUCUCAGCCUCAAAAUCAUCAUUGCGUUCUUUCUCGGUCUUGCAUUGUACAAUGCCAUUGAACUGCUCGUCCUGGUAUUUGUUACGUUCCAACGAUACCACGGCGUUUAUUUUUGGAGUAUGCUUGCCGCUGCUGCCGGCAUUGUACCCUACUCUCUUGGGUUCAUAAUCAAAUUCUUCCAACUCUUGGAUCCAAAUCAAGAUGUUGGUUAUGUUGCUGUAUUCUUGCUGACCAUUGGAUGGUAUCCCAUGGUAACCGGCCAAUCUGUCGUCCUCUGGUCACGCCUUCAUCUCCUCAGCAAUUCGCGCCGCGUUCUACGCUGGACCCUAUGGAUGAUCAUUAUCGAUGGUGUCGUCUUGCACUCGGUCACUACUGUUCUGACUUUUGGAUCUAAUAGCAACUCUCUACAACCAAAAACACUGGAUCGGUUCGUCCGCGGCUACAGUAUCAUGGAGAAAACGCAGAUGGUGGGAUUUUUCAUUCAAGAGGUCAUACUCUCUGCCAUAUAUAUUCGAGAGGCUAUCAGGAUGCUGAAAAUGUCUGAGGCUGCUCACGACGACAAUCAAAGCUUUGAUGAUGGUACUGGACAAGGUCAUGUGAGGAAUUCGCAUGUUCGAAAGACCAUGUAUCAACUACUUGCGAUCAACGUCAUCAUCAUUUCCAUGGAUCUCGCUUUGUUGGGCGUCGAAUUCGCGAAUCUAUACCUGAUUGAGACAACGCUGAAGGGCGUCGUGUACUCCAUCAAGCUGAAGUUGGAGUUCGCGGUUCUUGGUAAACUGGUGCAAUUUGUGCGGAAUCGUGCAGCCUCUAGUGAUCCUUCCGACCCACGGCAACCUAGCACUAUCCACGAACGAAGAGGUACAGCUGCCGGCGCAGCUCUCGAGAAGACAGAGACGAACAGGACAGGUAGGACCAAUAACAGCAGUGCGAUCGCGCAUUCUACUCCUCUCGCCAUUGCUGUGCAGAACAGCACGAGGUCGCAACGGUUUCCGGAUUUUGUUGAUGCAGAAAGGGUCAGUUCAGAUGUGACCCAUGCACAGCAAAGAGAAGGUGGUGAUGAUGAGACCGACUCUCGAUGGGAGACAAGGACGCACGAUAGGGACCACUGGAGAAGGAGAACGAAGGCUAGUCGAGGGAGCUGGAUAGAUGAGGAGAUGGAUAAGCACAACAUCGGAUGA